UCUAUUGCCGCUUUGUGGAUAGACUGUAUAACCAUUUCAGUCGUGGUGCACCAUUCAUUCCCACCUUAACGCCGUAAAAUGCCUAAAACUAAAAGAGAAAAAAAAACACUAGCCUACAUUAUUCUUUCCCGCAACAUCGCGUACUGUACGUAACUUUAACUAAAACUGGAUUUUAGGUAAGCGAGGAUACAGGCUGACAUGGAACAAGGAUUGCGCGGAACCAAAUGAAUACAUCGUUGGGUACUAUCCGGACUUAUUUUUCAAUCGCAAUACCAUUCACCGCUGAACGCGCAGUUUUCCGAUUAUGGAGAUAAUUAGCCAGCUAGCUCAUUUUCUGCAGAAAAUAUUUACGGUAUCUGACUGAAAGUAAAAUGGCAAAUUCAAAAGACUUUAAUCGAAAUUUCACUUUGAAAGAGAUCACUAACACGAGCCAGCAAGAGUCUAAGGAUUUGGGUGAGGAAGUACCCGGUAGCUCAGCGACUUUUAUAGUUCCUUCGGACAGUAAACUAGUCUCUGUGGAAUAUCCAGGCAUCAUCAGCAGUGUCGACAUGAUGUUGGAAACGGUUGGGGGCGAGAAAGCAGUGUCCAAGACCUAUAGUGACCCCAACAGAAGACUAGAGCUGUGCUUUCGACCACGGGACCCUUUCUGUCACUGCCUUUGCGGCAACCGCUUUACCGCCACCAGCUUCCUUCUGAAAGUGCGGAAACGGGUUCGCAAAGGGAAACCCGACGAUGUUCGAAUCAACAUGGAGCUACAGGGUGUCAUAGGAACCACAUACAAAUUUCAAGGUAUGGCAGACUUCCAGUAUCUGGCUGUGCAUUCAGAUCGAGGCAAACAGACAUCCUUGUACAACACAAUACUUCUACGUAAACCUGAGAAUCAGGAGUACUUUGAGCAGGACGUGCCGCAUUUCCUGCCUCCAGCCAUCUUUUCUCGUGUGGACAACCCUGUGGAUUACUGCUACCGGCCCGACACCCAUCACAACAGAUUAGGUUUCUCUCAGCCAGUGUUCUCCAGGGAGAAUCUGAUUGGUCUGAAUCGUGCCCGUCGGCCUCACAACGCCAUCUUUAUCUCUUUUGACGAUGGCGAAGUGCCCUUGGAGCCAGUGGAGGCAGCACGGGCCAACUGGGAUCGGAUCUGUCAGAACCCGAGCGACCGGAAGGCAGAGGAGGACUUGAAGAAGUUGUUUGAGAAACGUCCCAUCUGGUCCAGGAACGCCGUCAAGGCCAACCUAGACAUCCACCCUGAGAAGCUAAAGCAGCUCCUGCCUGUUUUGGCCUACUACAUGGUCACAGGUCCCUGGAGGAGUUUGUGGGUGAGGCUGGGUUAUGACCCCCGCAAGAUCCCUGAAGCCAAGAAGUACCAGGUGCUGGACUUCAGGAUCCGCUGCAGUAGUAAGCAUGGAUAUUCUGUGAAUGAAAUCCCGGUGAAACCCAAGAGAAGCACUCUCAACUACACUCUUCCUAACACGUUCAACAAAGCAGUUCCCCAGCCAGUGAACGUGAUGGAACUCAGUCAGAAGCCCUCCUCCAGCAGGCUCCCUCAGUAUCAGCUGCAGGAAUCGUCCUACAUAUUCCAAGAAGGGACCCUGCCCCCCUACAGGCAAAUGUUUUACCAGCUCUGUGACCUGAAUGUGGAGAAAAUCAGGAAGGUGAUUCAACGUAACGACGGCAAGGAAGAGACGUGCGACGAGAGGGACGGUUGGUGCGUGCCUCGCACCACCGACGACCUCAGGAACAUCAUGUCCUCCCUGAUCAAGCAGGCUGUCCGGGACCAGAGACCGGUUGCAAAAGGCCCUCAGAGACCCAAACGCUCCGUGGCUCAACGGAGAGCAACAGAGAGCGACGAUGAGGAGGAAGAGGAUGGAGAUGAGGAGGAGGAAUACCAUCCGUCUGAGGGAAGUGACAACGAGAUGGUGACAGAGAUGCUUGAUUAUAUGUGA